UUCCUUGUUGCAUAUACACUGCUGUGUUGGUACUCUGAUAUACUCGGACCUGGAGCUGAUGGCCAAUGCACAAGCUUUCGGGGAGCUUGUUUGGAGCUAAAUGGGACGGUGGUAUAAUGGAAAUCAUACCAAUAUCUCUCUCCCUCACGGGCAUCUCUAAAGAUUUCAUGAAAAACAGUCAUCCUUCCAAUGAAAUCAUGAAAUCCAGUCAACGAUACGAGGUUGCGUAGCUCGGCCUAAAUAAAGUCCCGAGGAAUACUUGCUAAAUGAGUGACAUGUCGGAGACAGCUAUGCCUGUUGACUAUCAGGACCGUCACCAAGGGUCUGCGAGAAUACAUCAAAGGUCAAGCCAAGUAUGGACUUGA